UUUUCAUUUUCAGGUUUUGAAUGGCGCGAGAUUCUACAAUGGAAGUUGAGGAAAGUUCAGCCAACACCAGUGCUCUGAAUCAGACUGGGGGAGGGGACGAAAACGGGGAACCCCAGAUGACCUACGAAGAACUGGUCAGUCUGUGUGCCCCGAUUGCGAAGCCAAUGGCUUCCAGAAGACUCACGAAACAGAUCUACAAGCUGUUGAGAAAAGUUCAAGAGGGUGGCAUUAGAAAAGAUUGUUGUUUCUAUGGCAACAAGGCAGUGAUGAAACAUUUGAGACACGGUGUCAAAAAGGGUUUUGUAGUUUUGGCGGGGGAUGUUUCGCCUAUUGAUCUGCUAUCGCACAUCCCUGUGUUUGCGGAAGAGAAAGAUAUUCCCUACGUGUUUGUGCCGUCUCAAGACGACUUGGCGUCCGCUGUCGGAACUAACGCGACGAUGUGUGUGUUUGUCUCGUAUCAUGAAAAUGUGGCAAAAUAUUACAACUCGUGUUUGGAGGAAAUUACGUCGAUGCCCAUGCCCGUCUCAUAAUCGCAAAAACUUCAGAAUACCGUGCAGUUAAAACUUUGAGAACGCGUUUGCAUGAUGUUGAUAGGUUUUAGCUCAGACCCUAAAAGCAUCUAAGAGAGUUUGUAUCUAUUUCGUGGUUUAUAAGAUAAUGAUACUCGAAAUACAAAAUUUGCUUUGAGGAACUGGUCUAACAUACUUACGCUAUUCUGUGCAUUAACUUUUGAUAGAUAGUGACUUCGGAAAUGAGAUAGAUACAGGAAAUGCUUAAACGAUUUAUAAAUGAAAAUUUCAUGGCAAGAGUAAAAAAAAUGAAAGUUUUUUACAGCCGAGGUUGCUAUUAUGCUGUUUUGGAAAGUUCAAUAAGUUAUUGGACUUGUUAGUUGUUUUAAGCGCAUUUUCUGUUGCUAGGAGAUUCUUCAAUUCAAUUGCUAUUCCAAUGUUUUUGAA